AUGGACGGGUAUUUUUUUCUCGUGGCUUGGCUUCUUGGUAGCAUUCCUGUCAUGUUGAGUGUGACCAUCAAAAAAGACUUGAAUAUGACACAAGAUGAUGUCGCCAACUCAAACAUCGUCGCACUCCUGGCAACUCUGCUCGUCCGAUUUGUCGCAGGGCCACUCUGUGAUCGCUAUGGCCCUCGCUUAGUCUUCGUGGGACUACUCCUAUGUGGAGCUAUUCCUACGGCCAUGGCUGGUCUCGUCACCGGCCCCAAGGGCUUGAUAGCCCUACGAUUUUUCGUUGGAAUCUUGGGUGGCACUUUCGUCCCAUGCCAGGUCUGGUGCACUGGUUUCUUCGACAAAAGUAUUGUCGGCACUGCCAAUUCCCUCGCUGGAGGCUGGGGUAAUGCAGGCGGAGGAAUCACAUACUUUUUGAUGCCCGCCAUCUACGACUCUCUCGUCCACUCUCGCGGCUUCCCUGCUCACAAAGCAUGGCGUAUCGCCUAUGUCGUUCCAUUCAUCAUCAUCACCGUCGUCGCCUUGGGCAUGCUGUUCCUCUGCGAAGAUACGCCAACAGGGAAGUGGUCUGAGAGACAUCUCUGGGCGAAAGAGUCAAACAAGACCACGGUGACUGCCGACGGCAACAUCGUCGACAUCAACUCUGGCACUUUUACUAGUGGUAUGACGACUCCCCAUAACUCCGCAACAAUCGACAUCGAAAAGAAAGGUGCCCAGUCACCACAAGUCCUAGAUGCCGAUGCAUCAGCAAUGGGCCAGAUGGACAUCUUCAAACAAGAGACAGUUGUCUCCCCCACUCGCCAAGAAGCCCUGAACGUGGCCCUGAGUCUAUCAACUAUGGCUCUGGCAAUCCCCUACGCCUGCUCGUUUGGCUCAGAGCUCGCAAUCAAUUCGAUCCUCGGAUCAUACUACACAAAGACCUUCCCACACAUGGGUCAAACAAAAUCAGGCCAGUGGGCUGCCAUGUUCGGUCUGCUGAAUGCCGUCUUCAGACCAGCAGGUGGUCUAUUCGGAGAUUUGGUUUACCGGUAUACAGACAAGGUCUGGUCUAAAAAGCUUCUGGUCACAUUUUUAGGGGUCGCGAUGGGAGCUUUCCAACUUGCGAUCGGAUUGUCGAACCCGUCCACGGAGGCCUCUAUGUUCGGUCUUAUCGCUGGGCUGGCUUUCUUCCUCGAGGCAUCUAAUGGAGCGAACUUUGCUCUUGUACCUCAUGUGCAUCCUUUUGCUAAUGGUAUUGUUUCUGGGAUUGUUGGUGGUUUCGGUAAUCUUGGGGGAAUCAUCUUCGCUAUUAUCUUCAGAUACAACGGGUCAAGCUACGGGCGAUCGAUGUGGAUCAUCGGUGUCAUAUCUUUGGUGGCUAAUGUGGCCGUUUGCUGGAUUCGUCCUGUUCCUAAGAGUCAGAUGCUUUCCUGA